CACUCCUCCUCCACUCCUCACUCCUCACUCCUCCACCCACUCCUCCACUCCUCACUCCUCCAUCAAGCUGCAGCCAUCACUCCAUUCUCUUCUCCAUCCAUCCUUCACAUCCCUCCAUCACACCGGGGGCCUCGGGGGCCUCGGGGGCCACUUUGCCCCCCGUAAGGAACUCCUAGACCGGCGUUCUCUCCAGGUUCUCUCCAGGUUCCCUCGCCGUUCCCUCCUCCUCCUCAGCCGCCAUGGAGGAGCUCCAGAGGAAACUGACUCAACGCUACGAAGGCGCCAAGCCCAGAAAGGUGCGCUUCAAGCUGGCGUCGUCGUACAGCGGCCGCGUGCUGAAGCACGUGUACGAGGACGGGCACGAGCUGGACAGCCCGGCGGAGCAGUACCCGCACAGCUUCGUGCACCGCAGCACGCCCCCCAGCCACCUGCAGGGGGCGCAGCUCUGCGGCUUUCAGGGCGCUCACGGGGACCAAUGGGGUGCUCCCCCCCCCGCGGGGCUCAUCGCCCAGAGGAUCAACGUGUACAGAGGGAUGGGAAACUACAGGCCGGCCGCCGGCCCGCCGGCAGAGGGAGACGCUGAGGUGUUGGACUUCGGUCAGAUCAUCAUCUACACCAGCAACCUGCGCGUCAUCAGGGCGCCGCAGAGGCCCAGCACAGCGCCCCCUGUGGACCUGGAGGGGUACCCCAAGGCCAGCAGGGAGAGGGGGAGCAGGAGGAGGGCGAGAGGAGCUCUCUGGACCCGGGACGGGGAGGAGGAGGAGAAGGAGGAGAAGCAGAGCGGAGACACGGAGACAAAGGAGGCGGCGGGCUGCCGGCGCUGCGGCGGCUCGGGCCGCGCCCCCUGCUCCCUGUGUCACGGCAGCAAGCUGUCGAUGCUCGCCAACCGCUUCAACGAGUCCAUCAGCGAGCUGCGCUGCCCGGCCUGCUCGCCCCACGGCAUGGAGAGCUGCAGGGCCUGCUGCGGAUGA